AUGAUGGAGAUUAACAGAUUCAUCAAAAUAUUGUUUGUACUUUCAUUGUCCAUGAAAUUUACUCCAGUUUAUACUGCUGAAGUCAGGUGUAUAGAGAGAGAAAGACAAGCUCUUCUCCAAUUUAAGCAUGACCUUGUUGAUGACUAUGGCGCUCUCUCAUCAUGGGGAAAUGAAGAAGUUAAAAAGGAAUGUUGCAAAUGGUGGCGCGUCUUGUGUAGUAAGGAAAUCGGUCGCGUAGUUUCACUUGAUCUGCGUGAUUUUUAUCUGAAAGGUAAGCUUAACCCCUCACUGCUUGAGUUGCAACAUAUGAAUUAUUUGGACCUGAGUGGUAAUGCUUUUACUGGUAAAAGCCUCGAGUGUCUUUCUCAUCUUUCUNGGAACCUCACAAAUCUGCAUUUUCUUGACCUUGGUUAUAACAAUUUGAGAAUCAAGAGCCUCGAGUGUCUUUCUCAUCUUUCUUCAUUAUCAUAUCUUGGCUUGAAUGGUGUUAGCUUUGUAAAUCAAACCAGCUGGUUGCACCACAUAACAUGGUUCCCUUUCCUCGAGGAACUGCACUUAACAGGCUGUCAACUUCUCAACCCAGUGCCUUCCUUUGAUAUCUUUACUAAUUCUUCUUUAUCCCAUCUAUCUAUCAUCGAUCUAUCCUUCAAUAAUCUCACUUCCUCUUUCACAUUCCACUGGUUGUUUAACUUCAGCGCAAGUCUUACAAGGAUAGACCUAUCUUACAAUCAAUUAGAGGGUCUUAUUCUUGAUGCCUUUGGGGAAUUGACUUUUCUUGAGAAGCUUUUUUUGAAAAACAAUAUGUUCCACGGCGGGAUUCCAAAUUCUAUGGGGAAUUUAAGUCAUUUAAAUGCACUAGAUAUAUCAUACAAUAAAUUAAAUGUUCCCUCACAGAUAUUGCCAGAUAACAACAAUAAGUUGAAUGGGUCUAACCCUCAAAGCCUUGGGCUACGUUCAAGUCUUAAAAUUAUAGACUUGUCUCACAAUCAAUUGAAAAGGAUACCCAAAGGUAUUGAGAAACUGUCCAAGCUCAAAGAGUUACAUUUGUCUUCAAAUUUGUUGGAGGAUACAAUCACCGAAUGGCACCUCUCAAACCUUGCCAACUUAGAAAUUCUAGAUUUGUCCUCAAACUCCUUGGCUUUCAACUUGAGCUCAAAUUGGAUUCCUCAUUUUCAAAUAAAAGUCUUAUUGCUCAGCCAUUGUUAUUUGGGGCCUCAUUUUCCAAACUGGAUUCAAACUCAGAAUAUUCUUGACAUCCUUGAUAUCUCUUUUGCUGGUAUGUCAGAUGCAUUACCUAAUUGGUUGUGGAAGACGCCUGUUCCAAUGUACUUAGAUCUUUCCCAUAACAACAUUACGGGUAAAAUUCCUAAUUUGCCCUCAGAGUGGAGUUUCCCUGGAACUAUAGAUUUAAGUUAUAAUAAUUUUUCAGGUCCAAUUCCAUUAUUUCUUUUUUAUUUUUCAAAAUUAAAACUUACCAAAAAUACGUUUUCGGGAUCCAUUUUUCACUUAUGUACAAUUCCUCAGUACUUGAUCAUUGGCAUCCUCAUGCUUGAUCUCUCGGAUAACAGAUUGGAAGGAGAGCUUCCUGAUUGCUGGAUGAACAUGAGGAAUUUAUUUGUUCUGGAUUCGGCAAAUAAUAAGUUCUCAGAUCUUGCAAAUAAUUUCAUUAAGGGCAACAUAGUACUUUUAAUAGGAAAGGCUAUUGUGGAAAAUAGGAAGAAUUUCCCAACUAUUCUCAAAGUUAUCCCCAAGUUAACAGGUAAUAUUCCAGCAUGGAUAGGAACACGUUUAACAAAUUUGACAGUUCUUAGCCUUCGGUUUAAUGCAUUUGAUGGAAUCAUGCCAUCAACAAUUUGUCGCCUUACCAAUAGCCAUAUCUUGGACCUUUCUAGAAAUAAUAUUUCAGGAAGAAUAUCACCAUGUUUAAACAAUUUUACGGCAUUGGUUCAGAAGAACGGUUCGAUUGAAAAAUAUGGUUUACUUGAUUAUGACGUCUUUGAAGCUCCUGUUGAAAUGUAUGUCAACAAUGCUUUUGUUCAAUGGAAAGGACAAGGUAAAGAGUACAGAACACUAGGACUUCUGAAAGGCAUUGAUCUUUCUGGAAAUAAUUUAGUUGGAACUAUUCCUCAAGAGUUUUUUGCUUUAAAAGGUUUAAUUUUCUUGAACUUAUCUAGAAAUCGUUUGACGGGAAAUAUUAUUUCAAACAUUGUUCAAAUGGAGAUGUUGGAAAGUAUAGACUUGUCUACAAACCAGCUUUCAGGGAAAAUACCGAAUAGCCUUGCAGAUCUAAAUUUUCUCAGCGUUUUGAACUUAUCGUACAAUAAUUUUACUGGAAAGAUUCCUUUAGGCACUCAACUACAAAGCUUUGACUCCUCUGCAUAUGCUGGGAAUACCCAACUCUGUGGGAAGCCUUUGGCAGAGUGUCCAGGAGAUAUUUCUAAUGGGUCUGCUACUGAUCACGAAGAGUUGAAUAGUUUUGAAGAACAUGAUGGGUUUAUAACGCGUGAUUUUUACAUCUGCAUGGCAUUUGGAUUCAUUUCUGGAUUAUGGAUAGUUGUUACAACUCUUGUCCUCGAGCAUUCAUGGAGACAUUCCUAUUUCAACUGGUGGAACAACGUUGGGAAUUGGAUGAGCCCCUUUGGGAGACAAGAAAUUGUCGACUAUCAUUCGAACAAGUUGUUGGUUGGAGAGGUGCAGGGACUACCGUCUACGGAUGACAUUGUUUCUGCUCUAGUUAACGCCAUUGUCUUAUUUUCUAAACAUCUCAAGACACUCUUUAGAUUCGUCAAUGCAAGAUGCAAUCAAGUAAUUGAUCAAUUUUAUACUUCACUACGUGCCGUGACUGCUGAGGUGCUAAUGAGAUGGAUCCUUCACAUCAGAAAAACCUCCUGUAUAUCAUUUUCAUGCUUGUUAGGUCGUCGCUAUAGUCGGAGUCUUAUUCUCCAUCGACAUCAUCUCAGCCAGGAUAGCAAAAAUCACCAAAUUAUCACUUGGAUUUGCAACACAUGCGUACGCUCCAUCAGUCUCCAGUUUGGUAGAUUCAAGACUGCCAAGUCACUAUGGGAUUGUCUACAGAAACGCUAUACCACCGCAGAUCUGUCUCAUCAAUACCAACUUCUAGGCACUCUACAUCGUAUGCAACAACAGCCUGAGCAAUCCAUUAAUAAUUUCUUAUCUGAAAUGCACUAUGUUUGGGAUCAACUUGCUUCCUCAGAACCAGAGUUUACAGAUGCCAACAAUGCUAAAAAAAAAAUUUAA